UCAGAGCAGUUCUGCCAUGACUGUGCUCGUGCAGCAGCAGCAGCAGCGCGGAGGGAUGUGCUGUAUCAUCCAGGCAGCCCGGCAGACGCUCCGUCCUUCAGUGGGAAUCCUGCAGCUCCAUCAUGGCUCUCAACAUCCCCGGAGUGGCCGUGAUGAUGUUCUUCUACCUGCUGGUCCUCGGGAUCGGCAUCUGGGCUUCCAUCAAGUCCAAAAGGGAAGCCAAGAAGGGCCAGGGGGAUAAGACGGAGAUGGCUCUGCUGGGCAACCGGGGCAUCAACCUAGUGGUCGGCAUCUUCACCAUGACAGCUACAUGGGUUGGAGGCGGAUUCAUUGUGGGCACAGCGGAGGCGGUGUACAACCCCUCCAUGGGACUGAUCUGGGCCGUCAUGCCAAUCACAGCAACCAUGUGUUUCAUCAUCGGUGGCCUGUUCUUCGCCGAGCCGAUGAGAAACAAUAAAUACGUGACCAUGAUGGAUCCUUUCCAGAUCAAAUACGGAAAAGUACCGACGGCCGCUCUGUCGCUGGCUUCGCUCAUAUCAGAGAUCAUGUGGGUGACAGGGACACUCAUAGGAUUAGGUGUAACUAUGAGUGUGAUCCUGGACUUGUCCUACACUGUGAGCAUCUGGAUCUCUGCGGCUGUGGCCAUCACCUACACUCUGCUGGGAGGCCUCUACUCAGUGGCCUACACAGACAUCAUACAGCUCAUUCUCAUCUUCAUUAGCUUGUGGCUGUGCGUCCCUUUUGCCCUGAUGAGCCCCGCUGUGUUGGACAUAACGGAGACAGCCUACAACAACACCUUCCAGUCCCCAUGGGUCGGUACUCUGGAGGCAGACAGAGCCUGGAGGUGGAUCGACAACUUUCUGCUGCUGGGUUUGGGAAACUUGGGUCUUCAGAACUUCCACCAGAGGACGCUGUCCGCCGCCUCCUCGGCUACAGCCAAGAUAACCUGCUUCGCCGCCGCGUUCAUCGUUCCCACUUUAGGCAUCCCGCCCAUACUGCUCGGUGCAGUGGCUGCAUCAACAAAUUGGAACCUGACCUCUUAUGGAUCUCCAUCUCCGUUUGAGCGUGGCGAGACAGGACUCGUCCUGCCCAUCGUCCUGCAGCACCUCACCCCGACCUACAUCUCCAUCGUCGGUAUCGGGGCGGUGGCCGCCGCUGUGAUGUCAUCCACUGACUCUGCCUUGCUCUCUGCUGCCUCCAUCUUCACCUCCAACAUUUAUAGGGCCAUCCUGAGGACACAGGCGUCAGAGCAGGAGAUCCAGUGGGUGAUCAGGGUCUCGGUGGUGGUGGUGGGCCUGGCCGGCACAUCUCUCACCUUCCUGGACAACAGCGUCCUGAUGAUCUGGCUGCUUCGCUCCGACCUCACCUACACCCUCAUGCUGCCGCAGCUCGUCUGCGUCCUCUUCUUCAGCGUCUCUAAUGGCUACGGCGCCAUCCUGGGCUGUGUGGUGGGCGUGCUGCUGCGGGUGCUGUGCGGGGAGCCGCUGCUAGGCAUAACACCUGUGAUCAAAUUCCCAGGAUGCACCCUGGUAAACGGCGUCUACGUCCAGCAGUCCCCAAUCAGAACCAUCUGCAUGCUGUCAGCUGUGGCGGCCAUCUUGUUGUUCUCCUACCUGGCGUCUGUGCUCUUUAACAGAGGCCUGAUUCCUGAGAAAUGGGAUGUUUUUAAUGUGAAAGCUCAGUAUUCGUCACAAACACAAGGUGAAACCAAAUCGAACCAGAAGUUGAAAGAACAGAACGAGAACAAUGAAGCGUGUGAACCGAUGUUAGAAUCAACAUGUUAAGUAGGAAAAAUUAUUUGAAAUACAUGUUUCAUCUGUUUUGACUGGUUUGAGAACAAAUGUAUGUAUUGUGUAAUGGCACACUUUUAAUUAUAGUACAGUAUAUUUUCGUUUUGUAUACUUUUAUAUGCAGCAUAAAUGGAAAAAACAUCACACCUAUGCUCUUUGUUAUAAGAGCUCAGAAUGUUUUCUGCAAUUUUAUGCAGCAUUGAUACUUUCAAGCAUUGACGGAUUAUAAGACAAUGGACCCCAGAGCACAGACACAUAAAAAAUAUAUUAAAAUAUCAGAUCAGACUAAAGGUGUAGAGUGACGCAGGGAUGACGAAUUUUUGUAGGCCGACCCGGAAGUUAGCAUCACCCUGGUUCCCUUGUAUUUUGACUGACUUGGAUUAUUACAGAAAAUACUCUGUGACCAACAGUUUAUGAUAAUGACACGUUUUGUUCAGCAGGAUAAUUUUACCUAAUGAGCAGCACUUUAUGAUGUUUGAAGCUAGAAGUGAAACGCCAAUGUUAAGCUACAAACUAACUUCACCACGGUCACAUGACUUCAACGUCACCGCUGCUGAACUUCCAAAUUUGUAAUUUGAUUUAACUCUGACCUCUUCUACAAAAAGGCCUUUCCUCUUUUAAAGUUAGUACAAACACAACGAUGCUGUAAAGACGGACAUGUGAGUAGAUCGGCUUUCGUGUCCUGCAUGAUGACGUCUAACGUCCCCGACAACACAACCGGCUUUUUUUUUUUUAGAGACGUAAAAGCUUUAAAUAAAUCUCGACUGGUCUAUUUACUGACGUAUUUUAUGUUGUACAACAAAAUGUGAAUAUAUAGUGACCGUACGUUAUCCACAGAUAAUGUUAUUUUAACCGUCUAACGAAAAAAAACCCCACAGACUUGAGCACGAGGGAACCAGAAGUGCUAAAAUGCUAACUUAUUUCCGGGUUUUAGGACACACUCCUGCGGCACUCAGUAAAAUUAAUGGACAUGGAUUUGGAUCAGGGGCAAAAGGACAUGAAUAUAACAUCCCUAUUUUUAAAUGAGCUCUUUGAAUUUAAUAUCAAUCACUGCCACUUAAUACAGAGACUCUGGUUUAAGGGCCCCUGGCUGCGCCUGUGCCUGGUUGGCUCAUAAGAUGAUCCAUCUGUGCUUUAAAAGUAAUUUUAUAUUUGAUUGCACACCAUUCUUAUUUUGGUUCUUUUGGUCCUGGUUUUAUUGCAGCUUCAGCAUUUAAAAAAAAACAGUGGCUGUCAACAGUAAAGUAUUGCAAAUGUUAAAAACCAGGGCUUCACCUGUGGUUUGAUUAAAACUGCCGACAUGCUGCACAACUGAUCGGUGAAUAAAUACAGAGAAACACCAGCUGGACUAAUUUAACAGGUUCUUUUGUGCCUUGAAGGCCAACUUGAUUAAAUUAUGUUGUACCCAGAGCUGAGAUAAACAGAUAAACAUGGAAGCAAAAAGGGCAAAGUGACCAGAAAUUUAUGUUUUAAACAUGCUUUCUCGCACUGCUUUUAAGAUACAGAUACCUUGUUUUUAUCUGUUUAAAAAGAAGGUAUCCACUCUUCUCUAUUGACUGUUGGCAUAAUUAAACAGUUAAUGGGUUAAUGAUUUUAGAUAGUUUCAAAUAAAAUCAAUUUAGUAAGGACAGAGACCUUUUGUGUUUUAAAAUUAUCAAAAUCUGCAUGGAUAUAUUGCUAAACAUGGAUAUAAUCAGUGUUAGAAUUAAACCCUUAAUUUGCUUAAAGUCCACUGGACUUAACCUGACUUCAUGUGUCCUAUGAGCUUAUGAUGACACACAAAAAUAACCACCCUCUGUUACAUAAUUCAGCAUGGGACUGUGUGGCAUGUCCGGUAGUGACAGAUGUCUGGACAAUCCCUCCCUCUCUCCCUCCCCCUCUCUCUCGCUCUCUCUCUCCCUCCCCCACGUCUGUGUCAGUCUAAGUCAUGCAACAAUAUAUCAGUGUGGUAUUAUAUGAGGUGGCAUCUCGCUCCUGACUCGUGCCAACAGCUCUAGUGGAAAAAUCGUCCCACAGGACACAGAGACGCUGACCGAGAUAAAGGUCUUCUAAAAUAAGACCACACAAGAGGACGCUGCUCCGGCUGCUUCCUGUGUCCUUCGUUUGAUAGUUGAUGGUUAAGUCGACGAUGAGGUUCAGAAUGCAAAGUCUAAGUGUGCACUAACUAGGUAGUGAAUGUGUAGUGUUGGAUAAAUAAAUCAAUUUGACAUUAUUUGAGUUGCAAAGCUCCAAAAUGACAAGUUAUACUUCUAUAUGAUUUUUUUUGUUUAUUUGCAUGUUAAAUUAAUUAAUGUUUGUUUGGAAAAUGAUUCUGCUAAAGGCCUUACAUUUCACUCAUGUUGCUCUGCCACUAAAUCAGAUUUGAGUGGAGAGUUUCAUGAUGGUUUCAAUACAGUUUCAGGGGGUUUUACGGCCCUGUACUGUACAUGUUUUGGCACAACAGUGUAGAUAGAACAAUAAUCUGAGUAUUUUCCUAUUAAAUCUUUGAGUUGAUGUAGAAAACAUAAUAGUUUAAUCCAUUAAAUUCUAACGCAGAAUAAAGAGUGACAUUACAGCUGCUAAAUGCACAAAUUCUGUGGCUACUGUUGUGUCUGCAUUAGGUGCACCAACUAAGAAAGUUUUGUGGAUCAGGAUAUGAUGCACAAAGUUUUCUUCUCAAAUAGGUGUAAAAUCUGUUGUAUUUGUUCUCUGUGAGUGAGGUAAAUAAAGACAAGUCUGCAGAAUUUCACUUGGAGCAAUAAACAAACAAACAAAAAAAAAAAAAAGGUUGUAAAAGGAGAUAAACUGUCAAACAGGAGUGAAAUGGUUUUGGCUUCUGCUGUCAGUAAAAACAGAUGCACUUCA